AUGAAAAACUUUCAUAAACAACUGAUCCACUCGUGUUGCGAUGUUUUGGACAAAUUGUUGGCAAUUAAUACACCGAUUGUCACGUCAUAUCAAAUUAACAUCACAUCAAACACUGUCGGCCCGGAAAGCAGUGAAAGCCGUCGAUUAGCCGGAAACCUAUGGCGCGCACUGGGCAUCGAUCCGACCAUUACGCCCAACCACCUAACCCUCGGUGAGAUUGGGUUGGAGUCCAUGUUUGCCAUCGAAAUACAGCAACUAUUAGCCAAACAGUGGAACGUCAACCUGACUCUCAACCAAUUGAAAACAGUAACCAUUGGUAUGUUUAAGGAGUACGAUGAUGCCCGAUGA